AUGCAAAGAUCAGGAGAAAUUCCAGGGAUGUCAUCUAGCGAAUACCCUAUAGCUUUUCUAUACUUCCUAAGCUCACAGAGAAGCAAAGCAAGUUCAACAUUGUUCAGAUCAGCAUUCACUAUCACAGGGUAUGUAGAGUUAGGUCCCAGAAAAAAUAAAGAUAAAGUUCAAUUUUUCCCGCACAAUCCCAAUCCCAAUGGUCCGGAUGGGAUGAUCAACUCUGAAGACGAAGAGAAGAUAAAGCUGUUUCAAGAACGGUAUGGCCGGGAUAAGGAAUUUCCGGACAUUUCCGAGCAGCUAAGUGAAAGCUCAAAAGCAUGGAACUGA